CCAAAUCAGGGACCCUUUUCUGGGAACCCACAUCUCCUGGAGACCCCAGGAAGAGGAGGAGCUGAAAUCUGAUGGGGAGCAUGGAGCCGCACCCUUGAGCGGGGGAGAUCGUCUGCGGUCACUUGGGCACAAAAGAGCUCCAGCUACACAUGGAUAAGGCCCAGCGGACAGGGCAGUGAGGAUGGAGGGCAGGCACGUCAGCGCAGAUAACCCGCAUCCGGGGUUGGGAGCCCAGCACUGCCAGCGUGGGUUCAGGGUGCAUGAAGGGCGGACACAGGCAGGACACAGGGACAGGCCCAGCCCCUACCUCUGUGCUCCGGACCUCAGUGUCCCCUCCCCUGCCCCUCUGGCGGCGCCCAGGGAUGCCUUCUGCAUCACUGAACCCAUCUGUCUGAGGCUUGCUUACACCUUCCUCUUUCGUGUGGGGAAGUCAGAAGCUGAAGUGCUAAGCUGUGUAGUCGCUGGGGGAACGCGGAGCCUGAGUGUGAAGGGACGGAGAGCAGAGCACAGGGAGGCUUGGCAGGUGGAUGACAGGGAGGCAGGCGGGGCAGAGGGGCUCAGGACCAUGGCUGAGACCAUCACCUAUGCCGACCUGCGGUUUGUGAAGGCUCCCCUGAUGAAGAGCGUCUCCAGCCGGAUGGGAAAGGGACAGGGACAGGACCCCGAGGCAGACGAGGACGGGGAACUCACCUACGAGAACGUGCAAGUGCCCCCAGUCCCAGGGGUGCCCUCGAGCUUGGUUUCCUCUGGACUAGGGGACAACGCAGGGGUCAAGGCGGAGCACCCAGCUGCGGGCUGGCGCUCCGGGACGUCACUGGCUGCCAGGCUGGCUGUGUCCUGCCGGGCACCCUGCUGGCAUUACCUCCUGCUCUGCCUGCUCCUCAUCUGCCUGCUGUUAGGAGUGGCUGCCACCUGCCUGGGAGUGCACUAUCUGCAGGCAUCUGAGCAGCUCCAGCAGGUGAACAGGGUUCUGGAAGCCACUAACAGCAGCCUGAGGCAGCAGCUCCGCCUAAAGAUAACUCAGCUGGGGCAGAGGGAAGAGGACCUGCAGGGGUCCAGGAGACAGCUGGCCCAGACUCAGGAAGCACUACAGACAGAACAGAGGGUUCACCGGGAUGCCGAAGAGCACUUGCAGGCCUGUCAGUUAGACAGGGAGAAGACAAAUGAGAACUUGCAAGGUGAGAAGGAGCAGAAGAGCGCCUUGGAACAGCGGCUGAACAGCAUUCAGGACACACUGAAGCGCCUCAUCCAGUGCCAAUCACAAGACACUUGCUGUCCGGUGGGAUGGAUACAGUACUCGGGAAGCUGCUUUUACUUCUCAGUUACUCGGAAAAGUUGGCAGGAGAGCAAAAACCAUUGUGAAUCUCUGUCUUCCAAGCUGGCCACCUUCGGUGAAACUCAUAAAUAUUCACUUCCUCAAUCCAUCAACUCAGGUGUAUUUUCGUCAAUUUUUGGUUCAGAGGAUUCAUAUUGGAUUGACUUCAGCAUUUAUAAGGAAUGGCGUUGGAAUAAUGAUCAACACUCAUGCCAACAAGAGCCUAUGCCCCUCAUCCCUACCUGUGGCCUGCAGUCCUAAGAUCACUCUCUCACUCCCUGGCACUUCCUCACCGUGGGCAGGGCCCAGCCAAGGGCUGAUCCACGCCUGACACGUCUAGCCAGCCUGCUGCCUGCUUGCAAUCCUGCUCCAGAAACUGGACCAUUCCUGGGGAAAGGGUGAAGAAGCCUCUAGAAAAAUGUAGCCUCCCCAAGACUCAUCCAUAGUGGAAUGGGGGUGUGGGAGGAGGGCGCACGGGCUGAGUGGAUAGGGGCGGCCCGGAGCCAGCCAGGCAUUUUUAUUGAAAUAUUUUUAAAUAAUUGCA